AUGAACAUUAACCAGGUUUACAACGCUAUAUUGGGGCAUACAAACCGCUCUGGCAUCGGAAAUAAAGCAGCAGCACCUACUCACUGCACGGGCCCCGCCGGAUCCCCAGCCCGGGCUCCGCUCUCCGGCCAAGGGGGCGACGCGAGACCCCCGCACGCCGGGCGGGCGGCACCCGGCUGGGCAUCCCCCAGACCCCGCGCGAACGUGUCGCCUCAGCCAGCCGAGCUUCUCCCCGGGCUGGACCUUCCUCCUCCUUCUCCUCCUCCUUCUCCUCCCCUCAUGGCCCCGGCAGAGCCGCAGCUCCCACCUGAUCCCGCCGGGAGCAGCCACAGCACAGCCGCCGCCGCAGCGGGGGGAGCGCAGUGCGCGCGCGCCGCCACGCCCGCUGCCCCUCCGGCGCCGGGGCCGCCCCUCACACGUUACCAUGGGCGGGGCGGGAGCGCCGCGUCCCGGCUCCGCCGCUGUGGGAGCCAGCCUGGGGCGUGCUCGGUGCUGCGUAUGGAACCCGAGUUUCCAGAGGUGGCCUCCUGGAAACGGUUCCCCGGGAGAAGGAUAGAGCGUAGUCCUAGUUUCAGAUGCAGAUGGCGCGCUGCCCGGGGCAGGUAA